AUGUCCUUUUCAUACAUAUUCGGGAUGUUUGCACUGCGACAUGCGUCAAAUGUUGAUGCCUUUUCCAGUUCUUACAGAGCCGACUUCGUCUAUGCUGGUGAUACUACAUUAUCGGGUAGCGCGACACUGCAGUCAGCUGGUGAAGAAUUUGAAGGGCGUUUAUAUGCCGAUAUGAUUGUUUUCAUGUUGGCUAAGCCCUCGUUCUAUAAACACGGUGUUAUACUGGAGACACAGCCCCGGCUGAUUCGGCCUGUUAUGAAUAGGUCGUUCGAGAAGUGGUGUCCCUUUCCCGCAACUCAGCUGUGUCAGCCUGUUCUGUACGCUGUUGGUCACAUCAUCGCUUUGUCUACGUGCAUUUCGAUUGGGUCACCAGUUAUGUGGUUUGACCUAGAUGUUACGGAUUGGAAGAUUCGUGGAUCAAGAAGUUCUAUUGUACAUUGUUUGUCUAUUGGUGCUGCUGUUGCAGUUUCAGGGCCUGUGAUUGGACUAUUGCCGAAUGGACUUCAGCAAUUUGAGGCUUGGUCAAUGGAUACAUGGCCUUCUUCCCUGAUUGUUCAUCUCUUUAUAGUUCGACCAGUAGCAUGCUGGGAGUUUGCGUGCCGGGUAGCUAUCACCGUUCGCGACCGUUGCCCUCCUCCUUGGUAUCCGUCUGUUCUUCCGCCCGAGGCUUGGCAUCCACAGACUCCUUACCUGUUUUUCCCUCGCGGGGAGCUAGAGGAAAGUGAUAAGGCAUGUACCCACGUGGAAAGAAAGGAAAUUUCAGGGCAGAGACUUAUUAGGGAAUAUGUCGUUAAAGGGAUGCGUGUGAGAAGAUAA